GAAUUAAGCUCUCCUGGGUGGGGAGAUCGGAACUGGGAAGAGAGAGGAGAGUCGGGGCCAUGCGGUGCGUUACUGUUUCAGACAGAGUGUGGAAGCGUUUUAAGCGCUGGACGUUGUAAUUAGUAGAUUCAUUGUUGGAAUAGACUGUGUUGAUGUUCCGUGGACUGCACUGAAUGCUUUGAUGCCAUAAAUGCACCAAGUUACGGCAUAAACUAACCAAGAUAGGAAUCGGCGGCAAGUACACGUGCACCUCUCUGUUACAUUGCAUCAGUUACUGUUACGUUAUGUACUGUGAUAAUCUGGAAACUGAUCUUUAUUCAGUGGAAAUCUUAAAAUUUCGAAAAUAAUAAAGGAGACAUUCAGAACAUAUGCAAAUGCGCUGUUGUUUUUCCUGACAAUUUGGGGGCUCGUCCGGGAUCUGAAUAAAGACAGCGGAACGAUGCUGACUGUGGAACAACCGAUAUCAACAUGUGCCGUGAGUUACAGCCUUGAUAACUAUAAUAACUGUGCGAUGCUCAGUGUAGUGAAACGAACUGACUGGAACAUAUGCUAUCAGACCGUUAGCUACAGUUGUGUGCCAUGUGAUACUGGAUGUGGAAUGGUGUAAUGAACGUUAUAGCCCAUGCAGCUGACAGUGUUUAUUCAAGUUGAUCAACUGACACUUAAAUGUUAUCAGUGACCGUAGAGUAGUGCAUUACAAAAGUGUGUAAUGUGUUGGUUCUGUCUAACAGUGGUUAGCAGUAAUACAGUUGUGCCCUAUAGUGGUGUUGUGCAUUACAAAAGUGUGUAAUGUGUUGGUUCUGUCUAACAGUGGUUAGCAGUAAUACAGUUGUGCCCUAUAGUGGUGUUGUGCAUUACAAAAGUGUGUAAUGUGUUGGUACUGCCUAACAGUGGUUAGCAGUAAUACAGUUGUACCUAAUGGUAGUGUUCAUAUUACAAAGAGAAGUAAUGUGUUGGUAUGAUGAUUUAGUGUUACCUUUAGUUGUGUUUACUUUACAAGCAGUACAGUAUGUGGAUAUAUUCAACAGUGUUAAAUUACAGGAGUGUAAUUAAGUGAAGUGUAGUAACAGUACAUGUAGGUGGUAGUGUGCUGUAGUGAUGCUGUGUGGUAAUAUAGAACUGUAGAGUGCUAAGUGUACUUAAGUGAUUUAGUAAAGCACUGUUGUACGUAGAGUAGUGUGUAGCACUCUUUAGUUGAGUAGAUAUUCAUUUUUCCUAUAGACGGCUAGAAAACAUCCUACAGCAUGGAUACGAGUAAAUACAUCAGUGAUGGUCAGAAGUUAGGGUAUGAAGCUGAACAGUUGAGAGAGUAUGUAGCAAAAUGUGAACAACAGUACCUAGAGCGUGAAGAGAGAGCACGUGUACGUGAGGAUGAAAGAAAGAGACAGGAAUUAGAAGUGUUAAGAUUAAACCAUGAAUUAGAAAUGGAAAAGCAAGAACUUGACAGAAAGUUUCAGCGAGAAGAACAGCAACGGGCAUUAGAGAAGGAGCAUAUGGAGAUAGAAAAAAUGAAACUACAGGUACAAUUGGGCGAACAGAAAACCAAAUUCAGUGCAAGUACAUCAGGUGAAACAAAGGUUAAAGCACCACGCCCAAAGUUACCUGCGUUCGAUGAAAAUAAAGACGAUAUGGACGCAUUUUUAGAUCGUUUUGAACGCUUUGCUUCUAGUCAGCAGUGGCCAAGAGAGAGUUGGUCAGUGAGUCUAAGCCCAUUGUUAACUGGUAAAGGUCUGCAGGCGUAUUCUAGUAUGCCGGCCGAGGAAGCAAAUAACUAUGACAACUUGAAAGUAGCCUUGUUGAAGAGAUAUAUGCUGACCGAAGAAGGAUUUCGUAUUAAGUUCAGAAACUGUAAACCUGACAGUGGGGAAACGGUGUUUCAAUUUGUUGCUAGGAUGAAGAGAUAUUAUCAAAGAUGGAAAGAACUCUCAGAAGUUGAAGAUACAGUAGAAAGCCUCAAUGACCUCAUCAUACGAGAGCAAUUCAUGUCGACAUGCUCCAAUGAACUGUCAGUGUUCUUAAAAGAAAGGAAGCCAAGGACUGUUGAUGAGAUGACCAGGUUAGCAGAGCAAUACCUUGAGGCACACAGUGGGUCCCCAGUCAAGGGGAGGAAUAAUUUCAGAGUUGAAGCCAUUAAGGGAUCAGAUAAUGUGGGUGCAGAUUACCUCAGUAGGUUGUGUUAAAUAUGAUGUUUGUGCUAGAUGUUAUAUAAAGUUUCACAUUUGUAAGUGAAGAAGUGGUCAAGUUGUUUCAAGAGUUCCAUUGUAGUUAUUAAGUUUAUUAUAGAGUAAGAGUUCAUGUUACACUAAAGUAGUUAAGUAGUUAAGCUGUUUACUGUUAUUAUAUAUAUAGUUAAGAUUCUUUUAAGGUGUUACACAGUUCAGGGGUUGUCGUCAGACUAAUUAAUUUAUUUGGUUGUGUAGAUGAACAUGUUGACGUUUUAUAUAGAGUUGUAAAAGGGUUAUUACCGUGUUUGUAACCUUAACCAUUUAUUAAUUGAAAAACAGUAAAUGUUUUUCUUAGUAGGGGGUAGUUGUCAGAGAAUUAAGCUCUCCUGGGUUGGGAGAUCACAAAAAGGGGGAGAAGAAAAAUCGGGGCCAUGCGGCAUGGCUGUUUCGGAUGAUUGUGGAGGAGUUUUAGGCGCUGUUGUCUUUCCUGGCAGUAUUGUUCAAUGACACCACUUUGCUUUAGGACCCUUUAUGCACUUAUUUGUUAUCAUAAUGAAGUGCAUUGUAAUUCAGACCUAGGACCGGGACAGUUCAAGGACGUAUCGGGGAAACACGAUUACGCAAGGAUAAAAGAUUUACCUCUGAAAUACCGAAAGUUACUAGUUCACAACAUGCACCUGUGACAGUAGGUUUACAUGAGAUGUAGUACUGUAUGAAUAUAGAAUAAAUAAUUUUGGAAGCGUUCUAAGCGCUGUUGUUUUUCCUG